AUGCUAGGCAUCGAAGGCCUCGCCGACGCAUCGUUUCAAGGCGACCGGCGCUGGAAGCGAGCGGCCAAAUGGACCAGUUACGCGCCCUGGCUGGUUCUCGUCAUGUCCGUUCUGAGCAUGGUUGAGAUCGCUUUGGGGGCGGUCUGGAUUUCUUCAAUGAAGCGCGAGCUCAAUUUUGCCCAGGUUAUCCAGCCCCUGAUCGUACCGGGACUGUGCUUCUUCAACACCAUUCCAUCGCUACACCUACACGUCAUGGCGCGCGCCAACCCGCCACGUCUUGCGCUCUGGUUCUCUGCCACGCUCUCCGUCAUGCUGUUCGCCAGCGCGCUCAUCUUCCUAGGCGCUUGCGUCGGCAACGGCAAGUCGCGUGGAGGUAGUCUCCAGCGCAAUGAGUGUCCUGCCGGCACAGGCGGCCGGGCCGAUAUCUGGGACGCCAUGGUCGCGCUACAGUUGGUUAGUGCAGUCAUGUACGCGGCGGUGGCGGGGAUGGCAUGGAAGGUGAAGCGUGUUCUAGAAGAUAAAGACCAGAGGAUCGCCGCCGGUGUCGAGCUCGUGAGCCAGGCUGAAAAAGAGAGAAGGGAGAGCGAGGCUAGGGAGAGAUGGAGGCAUCUUUCUGCCGGAUGA